AUAAGGUGAAAAAAUAAAUAUUUCAAAUCAAAAAAAUUACAGUGUCUUUUGGACAUAAAAUGGUGUCAUGAUGACGAUGCGGCGUUUUGGUCAUGGAGUAUGAGAAAAUCCCAUUCUUGUGCGGGCGGACACUUCUAAUUAUCUUGGUGUUGGCUAUGACAGGAUCCAAAAGCAAUGGAGCCAUCUGCCCAGCCGCUUGCAGAUGUGAAAAUGACGUCCUAAGAACUUCGUGCGCGUCUGCCUCCCUGGAAUUCGUUCCAAUUCAGCUCAACCCCGAGCUACACGAACUCGACCUGUCUAGAAACAAAAUUGUCCACAUUCACUUCUCUUUCCCUUUUUACGAAGAACUAAUAGUGCUAAAUCUUUCUCAUAACAAGAUCAAGACCUUAGGAAAUUCAAAUUUUCUCUCUCAGAAGAACCUGACUCACUUAGACUUACAAUACAACCAAAUAGAAAACUUGACCAAGGAGUCGUUUAAAGGGUUAAAAGCCUUAAGUCAUUUAGAUGUUAGUAACAAUAGUUUAGAGGUUAUUCAGGAAACAACUUUUCGUGAUCUACAUUCCUUGGUUGUACUAAGAUUAGCUGGUAACAAGUUGGUGCAUUUGGAAGCUGGUUUAUUCAGGUCUGGUAAAAAUUUAAAAGAAAUUUACUUGAACGAUAAUCAGUUUCUUGAGAUACCAACCGAAGCUCUAGCUGAUACUGUCCGUUUGAGGUACUUAUCAUUAUCGAGGAAUUAUAUACGUUAUAUUGAAGAUGGAGCUAUGCCAAAUUUGCCAGAACUUCAUACGUUGCUACUCAACUAUAAUAUAGUAACGGAAAUUCAUUCCGAUGGUUUAUCAACUCUUAUUUCUCUUAUGUAUCUCGAUUUAAGUAAUAAUAAUCUGACAGUUAUGCCAACUGAAUCACUAGCUAAACUUUCCAAUCUUACUACUUUAACGUUAAGUGGGAAUUUCAUUACCGUCCUUCAACCCAUAUCUUUUAGAGGAUUAUUCAAUUUGAAGAUAUUAAAGAUAAAUCGAUUAAUGACAUUGAAACAAAUCGAUGUCAGAACUUUCGUCGAUAACAUCAACCUCGAGAAAAUUAACAUGGACUAUAACUUAGGUAUUAUUAAAUUACCAACUAGGUUGUUUCAUGGAAAUUCUAAGUUAACUUAUGUAUCAGUCAGAUUUAAUGGUCUUCAGAAUCUUGAAGCCAUUCACUUUCCGUUAGACCAGCUGCAUGAACUGCGUUUAGGGGGUAAUCCAUUGCAGUGUAACUGCUCUUUAGGAUGGUUAUGGCAGCUGAUCCAGUCUUACAAAACGAAAAGUAUAAACACGUCCACAAAUACGAAAUCAGAGAAAUUAAUCCCUAAUAUAGAUCUAAUCCUUGACGAGCAUGAUAUUAUCUGUGAAGGUCCAGAAGACUUGCACGGCAAACAUUUAUCUUCUGCUACAAAGCAUCAAAUGGACUGCUCCGUUGGUUGGCUGGCAGCCAUUUCCGUCACCAUUACAGUCAUUUUUAUACUCGUUGUAAUAGGUGGCGUUGUCUAUUGGGCGCCGAAGCGUAGAACCAAAUCUAGCAGGGAAGAAAAACUUCGUAGCAGCCUACCAGAACCGAAUAUUCCUCGGAAAUCUGAUUCGUACGAAGCAGCUCAAAUAGAAAAGUACAUUUUGCAGCCUUCCAUGAUGAUACACAAUGAGUAUAGAACGCUUACCCCUUGGGAUCCUUACGGACCCAGUGUUGUAAAUAUUUACGAGCAAAUUAACGAUAACAGGGAACGUCCUCAUAUUGUUUAUGUCUAAACAGGGGUGUCGCUAUAUUAUUUUUCGAGGGGGCGCGGGAG